AGACGCUAACUGACCUUGUUUCGGCUCUGCGAGCACACAAACAGUUCUGCGCUCAUUGAAACCGGCAGAGGACCGCUUUACCAGGCUGCUAUUCAAAAAAAGAAUUCUGAAGCCAUGGCUACCCUGAGUCAGAAGCCAGUGACACGGUACAACCCUCCUGAUUGGUUCACUUCCAACUUCACCAUCUCCACAAAUGCCGAGAGACAACGCGACGCCUCGCACCAGAUCCGGCAGGAGGCCCGCAACCUUCGCAACGAGACGGACAACCAGACCAGGUGGGACCAGUACGACAACAACACGCGUCUGUCCGACAGGUGCCGCGACAUUGACCAAUGGAAGCAGACCUUGGAGAAGACCCUUAAAGACUGUGACGCAGAGAUCGACGCCCUGGAGAGGAUGAAGCUGGAGACGGAGCACGCUCUCCAGGCCAAGGCGCUGCCCCUCGACGUUGCAAUUGAGAACCUGACCCUGAGGGAGGGGAGACGAGACAUUGAUGUCGUCAGGGACAAUGUUGAGGCAGAACUUCACAAGGAAGUGGAAGUGAUUGAAGGAAUCAAGAAGGCACUAAAACAGAAGAUCGAUGAGGCCUUUGAACAAAUAUGUCUCCUGCAGGAAGCUCGUCAGCAGCUCCAUGCAGACCUAAGGGACAAGGCAGAGGCUCUAGGGAUUGACCAGGAGGUCUACCAUCUCACCAAUGACUCACCAGGGAUCUCCUUCAAACCUAACCCCACCAGAGUGCCAAAAGGGAGCACCACACCCCAAGAAUGGGACAAGUUUAGCCAGUACAAUAAGGACCGUGCAGAGGCUGAGAUGAGGGCUUCCAACAGGCUCAGGGAGGCCAUGCAGGCCACACUUGAACAGACUGCUAAUGACCUGGAGGCCCAGCGUAACGCCUCAGAGUUUGCCUUCCGCAAGAGGAUUCACGAGACGGACCAGGCCAAGAAGGAGCUGGAAUGGCAGCAGAAGAAUACAAAGGAGGAGAUAGCUGAGAUGGAGGCAGACAUCCGUGCACUAGAGGAGGCCAUCCGUGCCAAGCGCAACCCCCUGAAACUAGCCCACACCCGCCUGGAGACCCGCACCUACCGGCCAAACGUGGAGCUCUGCCGGGAUCAGCCGCAGUAUGGGCUGACGGACGAGGUGCAGCAGAUUGAAGGGUCCAUCGCCGCAUUGAAGGAGAAACUGGCCACAGCACACAAAGCCCGCGACGGUCUGUAUCGUAACCUGUACCGCAUCGAGGAGGAUCUCGCCUGUAAGACCAACUCCCUCACACUGGACAACCGUUGCAUGGACGUGCGCCAGAAACUGACCACCAACCUCCCCGACUCCAUCAAGACAGGCGAUUCCUUCAACCGCACAACUAACCGUGCCCUCUCACCCAUCAAGAGCAAACAGCUAGACAUGGCAUGAAUUUCUCACUAGCUGUAGUACUAAAUUAGACUGCUAGAGGUCUCUCUGGAAAGAUAUUCUCAAUAUUGGCAAAACAAGAAAAAAGAUAACAAAAUGCCUGGUUGCAUUUUUUUUUUAAAUGACCAAAAUCCUGCUUUUGCAGCUGUCUCCACUCCAUUUUAUGUCUAAGUAAACAAUAUUUUUCUGUUGCAAGUCAAGUAAAUUCUUGAGGGCCAAAUACUGCAUCUGUACUGUGAGAUCUGAGUGUUAUAUACUUAUUUAAUCAUUGUCAUCAAAGUCUCCAUGACAAUGUCUUUUAUAUAUGCGAUCACUUUGUAUUGUGAGAUACAUGUACAUGUACUGUAGUCUAUGCUGUAACCACAAUGUAUGUACAUAAGUACCCACUGGACAACUUAAAUGUGGUGUGAAACAAGGAAUGAGUAAAGACUUUGCAGUGUGGCUGAUUUGGAUCUAUGUAAUAUGGUGACAUUUUAGAAAUCUGAUAGGUUUUUAUACACUUGAGAGGCCUCAGGUUACUUCCAAAUAUAUGUUUGGCCAUGCUAUGCAGCCUCACAUGUAGACGUCACACUAAGUGAUUGAUACAUUUUUAUAAUAACUGUGAAACAAUGUGUACAAAUUAAAUUUUUGGAACAAUUACCACUCCCAUUCUAUCACAUGUACAUUAUAUUUGAUACCUAGAACAUCACAACAUAGAAUUCUAGCUCAUUGUCCAUUUUAUUAUGGGAAUGCUCUGUGUGAAUGGGAAUUAAAUAUGCCUGCACUUCAA